GUGAAUAUCCCUAAAUUUAGCAACUGUAGAUGGAAAUUGGACCUGCAAGCGAGGUUCUGAUUUUUCGUAUCACACGCAAACUUAUCUGAAAAUCACUCGCGCUGUCUUUCUACUGUGGUUGAGUUUGAAAUGGUGUGGCGUGGGACCUACCCAGACUAUCCUCUGACUUUCCAUGAUUGAAGUGUUUGAUAUUUUCAUACCAGUCGUAAGCCUUUGGUCAUUGUUGUAAUUCCGAGAGAAAUUAUGAUAUUGCUUUCGACUGCAGUUUGCAACAAACACGGAUAAGGAGACCAGAAAAAAGUGUCGUAUCAGCAGUGUCGACUUUCUUUGCGGUGCUCCUGGCCCAGGACUGCUUCAACUGUGGAGGGGAUCUCACUAAGUGACCAUUGAUGCAGCAACUCGGGGUGGCUGAGCCUAUGCGAGAGUGCGAAUACAGCCAGAUCAGCACUCGCAGCUCAACCCCGAUGGAAACUCCAUACAAGAAGAGGACCCCCAAAAAGAGGAAGUGGCAAGCCUUCCCGGGGCGGAAUAAAUUUUACUGCAAUGGGAGGAUCAUGAUGGCCAGACAGACAGGGGUCUUCUACCUCACCCUCGUCCUCAUUCUCAUCACAAGUGGACUCUUCUUCACUUUUGACUGUCCCUUCCUGUCAGUGCAUCUCACCCCAGCCAUCCCAGUGAUAGGGGGGGUGCUAUUUGUCUUUGUGCUGGGGACUCUCUUCAGGACCAGCUUCAGUGACCCGGGGGUCCUGCCCCGAGCAACACCUGACGAGGCUGCAGACCUGGAGAGACAGAUCGAUGUAGCCAACGGCUCCAGUUCGGGGUACCGGCCGCCCCCCAGGACGAAAGAGGUGGUCAUCAAUGGGCAGACGGUCAAGCUCAAGUACUGCUUCACCUGUAAGAUCUUCAGACCACCGCGUGCCUCUCACUGCAGCCUUUGUGACAACUGUGUCGAGCGUUUUGACCACCACUGUCCCUGGGUGGGGAACUGUGUUGGGAAAAGGAACUACCGUUUCUUCUACAUGUUCAUCCUCUCCCUCUCCUUCCUCACAAUCUUCAUCUUCGCCUUUGUCAUCACACAUGUCAUCUUACGAUCCCAUCGACAAGGGUUCCUCAACGCACUCAAAGACACUCCUGCUAGUGUGCUGGAGGUGGUGGUGUGUUUCUUCUCUGUCUGGUCCAUAGUGGGGCUGUCUGGAUUCCACACAUACCUGAUCAGCUCCAACCAGACCACAAAUGAAGAUAUCAAAGGGUCAUGGUCGUCUAAAAGAGGGAAAGACAAUUAUAACCCUUACAGCCACGGAAACAUAUUCACUAACUGCUGUGCAGCGCUGUGUGGACCCCUGCCACCCAGUCUCAUCGACAGAAGAGGCUUUGUCCAAUCAGACACGCCACUGCCCACCCCGCCAACCAAUGGCAUCACCAUGUAUGGAUCCACCCAAUCACAGAGCCACAUGUGUGUUCAAGACCAGUGCAUUCAGAGCACCAAAUUCGUUUUGCAGGCUGCCGCCACGCCCCUGAUGCAGAGUGAGCCGGUCAUCCUCACAGACGAGGCCUCUCUACCGGGCAGGACGUCGUUAGGCGGUCCCUGCUCUGGAGCCCUGCCGCUAGGGGGCCAGCCUACACCCCCCACCUCCACCCCCAACCUUAGCUGUGACAAUGGCAUGCUGCCCCUCCGGAACGACCACAGCGAAGCGCUCCACCACCACCACACGGACGGGGUCCACCACCACUUCCUCACGCCCGAGGAAGCCCCCUCGCCACCGGGCAUGCUCCCCUGCGGCAGCCCCCUGGGACACAGCCACACCAUUCAAGGCUUCUACAACCCAGCCAGCCAGGACUCUCUACAUGAGGACUCUGUCAGAGGCCUGGUCAAACUCAGCUCUGUCUGACAGGGGGUUCACUCAAAUAUCUGUCAAUUCUCUAAAACACUCCCCCGAGGCCCUCCAUCCACACCUGUGCCAAACAGUGGGUCUUCCCAACCCUGAAUGCCUGUAACCAAUAUCCUCUCCGUCCUCUAAAAUCACAGGACUUCUCUAAAAGACUGUGGUACUAUUUGGCUACUGAGAGCAGAAUUGAACUAGGACCUUCCCUCCUAAGCCAACGACUUGCCAAGCCUCUGCAUCAUACGGGGGUUGUUGCUGGUGAAGGGCCCAGGGGACUUGUGCUCCUCUCUUCUACUGAAGCGUAGUCCACUGUCCUGGGAGGGGACAGACAAAGGAAAGGAGGGGUGGAGGUAUGUACAGUCUGGCUGUUUGUCAGCUAUUUAAAGUAGAAAGAGGUGGCAUUGUGAGUUAUUCUUAAACAUGUUAAAGAAAAGCUGCUUUAUUUCUGUCGUGAAUCACGAGGCUGCCAUUUAUUUUUUUGUACAACGGACUAUGGCCUACUUGUUGAUCUGAUGGACAGUGUCUUUGCCUUUCUAUCUGAUUCUGGUUUACAGUCAAUCACCAAACAAGAGUUGAUGUUGUAUAUCAUUUAAUUCAUGUUUUUUUAAGUUACAUGUUAAGAUUCUGUAUUAUUGUGCCAUACCAAGGUCAUUUCUUUUCCUCAAGAUAUAUUAAUAAAAUCACAUAUUUUUAA